GCAUUAUAGAUUAUAUAACAGGAGGAACAGAGAAAGUGUGCAAACCGGUGAUUCGUGCUGCUUCCUCUGCUGCUGCUGUGGAGCUCUGGACCUGUGAAAAUGUCCUGUGAGUUUGAGUCCCUGGAGAAAUCUCUGGAGUCGCACCUUCCCGAGGCCGAGCUGGCGGAGGUGAAACGGAUCUUAUUUGGGAAGGAAACUGUGAAGCUGGACCUGCCUGCGUUUGCGCUGGAAGCUGCUUCUGAGCGAGACUUCGAGCUGAAAGCCUUCAAGUUUGACGCCUCGCAGGAGCAGCUUAGACCACCCAGAAGAACCAGAGUCGGGCUGGUUCAGCACAAGAUUGUUCUGCCAACUGAUGCUCCAGUCUUGGACCAGAUCAACGCCAUCCACAGUCGAGUUGGUGAGAUUGUGGAGGUGGCGGCCAUGUGUGGUGUGAACAUCAUCUGCUUUCAGGAAACCUGGACCAUGCCCUUUGCUUUCUGCACCCGUGAGAAGGAACCAUGGACCGAGUUUGCAGAGUCUGCAGAGGAAGGGAACACAACGCGCUUCUGCCAGGAGCUGGCCAAAAAAUACAACAUGGUGAUCAUUUCUCCAAUUCUGGAGAGAGAGGAGCUGCACGGAAAACUGUGGAACGCAGCGGUGGUGAUCUCCAACUCUGGGAAUGUGCUGGGAAAGAGCCGGAAGAAUCACAUUCCCAGAGUGGGAGACUUUAAUGAGUCCACAUAUUACAUGGAGGGAGACACCGGCCACACAGUGUUCCAGACACAGUUUGGGAGAAUCGCCGUCAACAUCUGCUACGGACGCCAUCAUCCACUCAACUGGUUCAUGUUCAGCAUGAACGGAGCCGAGAUCAUCUUCAAUCCCUCUGCUACAGUCGGAGGACUCAGCGAGCCCAUGUGGUCGAUAGAAGCCAGAAACGCUGCCAUAGCCAACCACUGUUUCACAUGUGCAAUCAACCGUGUUGGAACAGAAACCUUCAAAAAUGAAUUCACAUCAGGGGAUGGAAGGAAAGCUCACCAUGAAUUUGGACAUUUCUAUGGGUCCAGUUACGUAGCAGCUCCUGACGGAAGCCGCACUCCUGGGCUCUCCAGAACCCGAGAUGGACUGCUGGUUGUGGAAAUGGAUCUGAAUCUGAACAGACAAGUCAGUGACAAGUGGAGUUUUAAGAUGACUGGACGCUACGCGGAGUACGCUGAGAAACUCACCAAGGCGGUUGGUCAGGACUUCAAACCCAAAAUUAUAAAGGAGUGAAACAGCUCGAGCUCAUAUCUGCUGUCCAUUUGAAUAAAUGAACGCAAAAGUUCAA